AUGUCAUCGUCACCUAAAAUACCAAAUAAUGUUUAUCAAACAAACAAUAUACAACAAGUUGGAUGUUGUUAUCCAUCAUCAAUGAAUUAUUCCACAUCAAAUUCGACAAAUAUGCAAAUGAUGGGUUCACUUUCACCAGUAACUAUGAACGGUAUACCUACAUCAUCGUCGACGUAUGGACAAAUAUCAAAUGCCGGUACAUUAUCUACAACUCCCUAUGGUACAUCAUCAUCAAUUAAUGUUUUAAAUUCAUUAUCACCUACACGUUAUCAAGGCAACAAUCAAAUGUUGACAGAAAAAGUAAAUAAUCAUCAAAAUAUCAAUAAUAAUAGUAAUAAUAGCACAAAUAAUGCAGCAGUUGUGGCAGCUGCAGCAGCUAAUGCCUAUCGCCGUAAUUUUAAUGCAUGUGCAAAACCACCAUACAGUUAUAUUUCGCUUAUAACAAUGGCCAUACAACUUUGUCCAAGUAAAAUGUGUACUCUGUCCGAAAUUUAUCAAUUCAUUAUGGACUCCUUUCCAUAUUACAGACAAAAUCAACAAAGAUGGCAAAAUUCUAUUCGUCAUAGUUUAAGUUUUAAUGAUUGUUUUGUGAAAGUGCCACGUUCACCCGAUCGUCCUGGAAAAGGAUCCUAUUGGACGUUACAUAAUGAAGCAACAAAUAUGUUUGAAAAUGGUUGCUAUUUGAGACGUCAAAAAAGAUUUAAAUGUCCAAAACGUGAAGCAUUUCGAAUUCAUCAUCGUGAUUCAAAUAAUCGAAAUUUAGACAAGUCUAAUACAUCAAGUAGUGGUCGAAGUCCACUGUCAUCAUCAUCACAAAAAUCAUCUGACGAUUCACAACAUGGAUUAAUAUCACCAACAAAUCAAAAUCAACAACGUUCAAUGUCGAUUACACAAAACAGUUUCAUUCAUCAACAAAACACAAUUCAUCAAAGGAAUGGGCAAUCAGGAGCUGAUUCACGAAAUCAUCCAGUCGCUGCAACAAAACUGAAACAAGAACAGUGUGACUUUAAUAAUCACAUAAUGUCAUUUGAUCCACAUUUUUCUAAUAUAAAUUAUCAUCCAUUUGCAAUAACAACGUUGAUGCAAGCAGCAGCCACCGGUGAUGGUUCGAAAUUUUAUGAUAAUUCAGCAUUAAAUUAUAAUUUGUACGCCGCAGCAUCAGCCAAUUUACCACAACCAUUUUCAUCAGACUAUUAUAUGUACGCACCACCAACGCAAACUCUAGCUCACGGCGGAAUGUAA